CUGUUGUAGUCUCCAACUUCCUCGAGCUCCACGUCCUCCGUGUGCGCGGGUACGGACAGGAUUAUAGUGUCCAGCGUGGAAAUCUAUCAAAAUCUUUAUGGACCUAGAACACCGUGAAUUACUAGAUCAAAUUAAUUGUAUUAAUACUAUUUUCUGUGAUAUUUGGACCCAGCUUUGCCAUAGUUUUGUCUUACAGUGACGGAAACUAAGGACAAUAUGGAUAGAAAUUUACAAAACGAAUUGAACGAAAGAACGGACGAAGUCGUGGGGUUGAAGGAACGUUUACGAAAAACAAAUGCCAUAUUACAGAACGCACAAGAACAAGACCAAUUCGAAGUUUGUAAAUCAUGUGCAGACAAGUUCAAACAGGAGUCCAAACGACUGCGAACUGAGCUGAAGAAAACAGAAACAUACUGUAAAAACCAAGACGAGACUGUGAGGCAUACAUGCACAUGCAGUCAGGAUCAAGAUUCCAACGUCCUCAGAGAAAAAAGAGGAAGAGCUCGCCAACAUGAAGAACAACUGGUUUGCCAAGAAACGGAUAGAAGUCCCGAAAAGGACAGUGCUUACUUAAGCAUUGCAUCGCAGGAAUACUACAAAGGUUUAGAAACCACAGAUAUGACAGAUUCGGAAAAAGCUCUUCAGUCGUAAAUUUACACCUUGUCUACAUCAACGAAGCUGCAGGAAACUGUCCUCUAAACGUUAUUAACGAAUUUUAAUGAUGUUUAAGUAAAACUUGACAAAACGAAUACAGAUUCUUUUUCUCUGCUAAAAUGACUUCAGGGGGAAAUAAUAUGCUUUCUAAGCGCCCGCUAAUUUGAUGUGAACUUCUGACGAAAGUGGACAAAUUGAUGAAAAUUAAAAUUCCUAAUAAAAGAGGUGUUUUCUGUGGUAUCAAAUUAUAGAGUUUGCUAUAUAUUACUUAUUUUAGUGAAAGACAAACGAAAGAGAAUGAUUCAAUUCCAUGUAAACGUAAAAUAAACAACCUGCACGGACAUUUAUUGCUAGGUGUAUUUAAAGAUGAUGCCCGCACGAGUAAAAAGAAUGUAUUUCUAUAAUUGACUAUAGUAUAUAUUCAUAAUCAAAACUGUAAUUAAUGUAUAUUCAUCAUGGUAUUUUGUCCUAUAACGGAAGUCAAUAUCAAGAGAAUAGGAAACACCACAUUUUCAAGGCACGCUUCUUACCUCGGACAAUAACAUGACGUUUUGAAUAAUAAAUCAUACGAGCAGUCGACCGUUUUUUUUAAAACGGUCAAUUUGCCACUUUAUGGUCUCCACACCCCACACCCCCACCGCACCCCCAUUCUGUUGCAGAAAUUGUUCAAACUCGGGUUACACCACUCUGAAAAUAUUCUUGAUCCGCCGCUGGAGUAAGGAACAUUUACUGUAUACUGAGCUGUAGCAGAUGAUUUAAAUGGAUUCCAAAUGAAGCUUGUUUCCUGUUUAAUGGCUAUUUUCCGAAAGUUUGGUGUCUAUAAACCUCGCAGAGUUAAUGUCAUAGUUUUUAUAUAUGCAUAUGAGUAUACAUGUACAUUGUAUCCAAAUAGACAAGAAUUGAUACAUGAAUUCUUGUAAAAAUCUGGUUAACUGAACUUUUUAGUAUUUCUGUGAUCGACAAAUGUUAUGAUGGCAUUUUAGGAAUUAAGUUUACUAAACACAACUCUGAUUUUGAAUUCAUUGUAUUUACUUGUUACCUCCCACCAGAAUAUUCAAACAGAGGACGGGAUGCUCAGGGUUUUUUUGCACAUCUGUUGUCCCAGAUUUAUUUGCACAAUGAAAAUAAUGGUAUUUUUUUAUUGGGUGACAUGAAUUGUAGAAUAGGCAACCUACAAGAGGUAAUACAAGAUGUUGAUGAAAUUACCACUCGUAAACCUAUAGACAACACUAUAAACCAGCAUGGUCAUGAAUUUAUUGAGUUUCUCAAUGAAACAAACUUUUGUGUUCUGAAUGGCAGAUUUCCAGAUGACAAUUUUACGUGUAUUUCACGAAAAGGUAAAUCUGUAGUUGACUAUAUAUGUAUACCUGUAGAUAUAUUUAGAUAUGUUACAAAUUUUAAUGUGUUUACAGUACAGUCUAUUGUAGAUGAUUUCAAGUUUCAUGAUUUCUUAGGUAUGAAAUCAAAACUCCCGGAUCACUCGGCUAUUACUUGUGAUUUCAGUGUUACUGAAUAUGGCUUAAUACAUGAAUCUGAAAAGGUCGAAAGCACUAAACCACGAUUUAAUCUGAAUAGGGUCCCACUUGAUUUUAUGUCCAAUGAAUUGACUAGAACUGGUUUAUUAAUAGCAAUAGAUCAAAUUGAAAAAAGCAGAAAAUCGCAGGAAAAUGUAGAUGGCAUUUAUGACAAUUUAUGUAAAAUAAUUUUAAAAGAAAUGGAAACUAUCCCAAAGAUUGUACACAAAAACUCAAGUAAACGUCUGAAAAAUAAAAAGCCUUUUUGGAAUGAUGAAUUACGUGAUUUAUGGAACAAUACACGAGAAAAAGAAAAUAUUUUUGUGAAAUAUAAAGGUAAACAAGAUGUUAAAUCGGCCCUAAGACGAGAAUACAUUGAAGCACGGGAUAUUUUUGACAAGGCGCUUAGGCGCACCGAACGCUCUUACAAGAAAACUGUAGCUAGAGACAUUGAGAAUAUGAGUUCAUCAAACCCAAAUGAAUUUUGGAAUAAAAUUAAAAAGCUUGGACCAAGAAAUACAAUAUAUAUUCCAAUGGAGGUCACAGAUACAGAUGGAAAUAUCAUUACUAAUGAACGAGAAGUUUUAAAUAGAUGGCAAAUUGAUUUCCAAAAUUUGUAUAACGGUAGCGUGAAUACUGAUUUUUUUCAAGAUCAUUACGAUAGUUCAAGGCUAGAAAAAACAAGGUUGGAAAAUAAUAUGAAACUUCAAUCAUUCAUCUGCAAUGAAGAAUUAAAUUAUGAUAUAUCGCUGGAAGAAAUUUCUGAUAUUGUACUGCACUCUAAAUCUAAAUCUGCUAGUGGGUAUGAUGAAAUUCCAUAUAGUGUUCUAAAAUUCCCAAUGAUAAUUAAAACAUUACGUAAUCUCUUUCAACUUAUAUUUGAUUCAAGUAUCAUCCCUUCCAUCUGGAGGAAAGCUAUCAUAUGUCCUAUUCUUAAGGAUUCCUCCUCGGACAAACGCCUGCCAAUGAAUUACCGAGGUAUCAGUCUCCUAUCCUGUAUCAGUAAGCUUUAUAGUGCAUUUAUUAAUAAAAGGCUUGUUACUUACUUGGAGAAUAAUGAUAUUUUGGCAGAUGAACAAAAUGGUUUUAGAAGAGGGAGAUCCUGUGAAGAUCACGUAUUUACUUUGAACAGUCUAAUUCAGAAUAAUAAAAAUCUGUAUGUUGCAUUUAUUGAUCUAAAGAAGUGUUUUGAUUUUGUAGAUAGAGACAUGAUGCUGUAUAAACUUCUGUUGAAUGAUGUAAAUGGUAAAAUGUAUAACUCGAUCAAGAAUAUUUACCAAAGUUCAGAGUCAUGCGUUCGAGUAAAUGGAAAACUUACAAACUGGUUUAGCUGUAAAACUGUGUUAAACAGGGGGAUAACUUAUCUCCAACUCUAUUUUCGAUUUUUGCAAAUGACCUUGUUCAUGAAAUAAACUCUUUGGAUGUGGGUGUAAAUAUCGCAGAUGAAAAGCUGUCCGUUUUAUUAUAUGCAGACGAUAUAGCCUUAAUAGCUAAGACACUGGAAGAAUUACAAUGUAUGUUACAAAAACUGCACAACUGGUGCAGGCGUUGGAGAGUCCUUAUAAAUACUGAAAAAUCCAAAUGUAUGCACUUUCGUAAAACUAGAACAAAAGGAACAGAGUUUGAAUUCACUAUUGGAACAAAUACAUUAGAAAUAGUAGAUAGCUAUAAAUAUCUUGGAAUCAUAUUUACUUACACUGGAAAUUUUACAAAAAAUGCAGAAAAUCUUGCUAAAGCUGGAGGACGGGCACUUGGAAAAAUUAUUUCUACAAUACACAAUAAUAAAGAAUUUGGAUUCACUGCUUACGAAAAAUUAUUUUACUCUUGCGUUUUACCUAUAUUAGACUAUUCGUCCAGUGUUUGGGGGUUCAAAAAAUUGCAGUCAAUAGAUAAUGUUCAAAAUCUAGCCAUUAGAUAUUUUUUGGGAGUACAUCGUUUUGCGCCUUUAUUGGCAAUCUAUGGAGAUACGGGGUGGAUACCCAGUCAAUAUCGUCGAUGGAUUAAUAUGAUAAGAUUUUGGAAUAGAGUAUUGUUAUUUGACAGUGAACGCAUUACUAGAAAAGUGUUUGAAAUGGAUUAUGAUAUAUGUAGAAACAACUGGUGUAGUGCUCUGAAAGAAAUUUUGCAAAAUUUGGAACUGGAAAGUUAUUUUGACUCAAAAUUGUUAAUAGACAUGAAUGUUCUUCAAACAAAUAUGCAUUACUAUUACUCAAAUAUCUGGAAAAAUGAAGUAUUUAAAGUACCUAAAUUACGAACUUAUGUGUCUUUAAAAUCAACCUUUGGUCGAGAAAAUUAUGUAACAUUGGAUAUUCCAAAAUACUUUAGGUCAAUUAUGUCGCAGUUUAGAUGUGGUAUUUUACCUUUAAGAAUAGAGACGGGAAGAUAUUAUGGGGAACCUGCUGUUGAAAGAAUAUGCUUAUUGUGUUCAUUAAAUUGUGUGGAAGACGAAAUUCAUUUUUUACUCUAUUGUCCACUGUAUUCUAAACUUAGAACAACUUUGUUUGAAAACACGGGAUUUGAUCAAAUGUCAAUGUCAGAUGUAGAGGUUCUUCGAAUGUUAAUAACAAACUACCCAAGACAAUUAGCAAAAUACUUGUACUCCUCCUUUUCUCUUAGACAAUCUAUUAUAUUUGGAAAAAUCAACAACUGAGCUAUUUAUACAUUAUAUACUUAUUAUACAUGUAUACACAUGUAUGUAUAUAUAAUUAUAGAAAAUGUUAUUAUGCGCAAUUAUUUGCAUUAUAUAUUAUUAUAUCAACGUUUAAAGUGGCAUAUAGGCCCGACGGGCCGGGUGUUUAUUGAUUUGUAUAUUGUGAUAAAAUUGGAUGUAUGAAUAUAUGUACACAUGCCACUAUAAUAAAUAAAAUUACUUACUUACUUACUUAC